GACCAGCCAGCAACGUCCACUGCCCGCCACCACACGCCCAGCGAGCACUGAACACUGCACACGGCCAUCUGCUCGGCGAGCUGUGAAGACUGUUGCCACUUAGCAUCUACCCAGAGAGUUGUGACCGCUGCGCCACUGCUGCCUGCCCAGGGAGUCUCAUCCACGGCCUGCCGCCCCUGGUUGCGAUGCCUGAGUUCCUAACUGUUGUUUCUUGGCGGUUCCUGAUCCUCCUAGCCUUCCAGGUUGGCGUGGCUACUGGAGGCCCCCAGCCGUGGCGCUGCGCGCCCUGCACUGCCGAGAGGCUGGGGCUCUGUCCAGCCGUACCUGCUUCGUGCCCCGAGAUUUCCCGGCCUGCAGGCUGUGGCUGCUGCCCGACAUGUGCCCUGCCACUGGGUGCUGCCUGCGGUGUGGCCACUGCACGCUGCGCCCAGGGACUCAGCUGCCGUGCGCUGCCAGGGGAGCCUCGACCCUUGCAUGCCCUCACCCGUGGCCAGGGAGCCUGUGUACCAGAACCUGCCGCCUCCACCACGAGCACCUUGUCCAGCUCCGAGCGCGAAGGGGCAAAGGCUGCCGUGGGUUCUGAGGAUGCGGUUCCUGAGAGCCCGGAGAUGACAGAGGAGCAGCUGCUGGACAGUUUCCACUUGAUGGCCCCCUCCAGUGAGGACCGGCCCAUCCUGUGGAAUGCCAUCAGCACCUACAGCAGCAUACGCUCCCGAGAGAUUGCCGACCUCAAGAAAUGGAAGGAGCCUUGCCAAAGAGAACUCUAUAAAGUGCUAGAGAGAUUAGCUGCAGCUCAACAGAAAGCAGGAGACGAAAUCUACAAAUUUUAUCUGCCAAACUGCAACAAGAAUGGAUUUUAUCACAGCAAACAGUGUGAGACAUCCCUGGAUGGAGAAGCUGGGCUCUGCUGGUGUGUCUAUCCAUGGAGUGGGAAGAAGAUCCCUGGGUCUCUGGAGACCAGAGGGGACCCCAACUGCCACCAGUAUUUCAAUGUACACAACUGAAAGGAGUUCUUUUCCUUCUUCAUGUUCUUUCACACAAAAUAUUUAAGUACAUAGUGUAUUUAUAUUCUAGAGCACACCAUUUUAUAUAUGUGUAUAUGUAUAUAUCCAGGAACUACUUUUUAUACUCCACAUACUGCUUGAUAUAUGAAGCUGGUUUGUAUUUAUUCACUCUAAGUUUAUUUUUUUCUACACAGUUCUUAUGCUAUAUUAAUUUAUAUAUCAUGACGUGCUUCUCAUCACUAUACAUGUAAAUACCAUGUCUCAGCUCAUCCUUGUGCAUUGAAGGGGCGGAGUGAUACUGCCUCAAACAUGCACACGGCAGUCUGAAGUAGGGAGUUUUCCAGUGACUUAAAGGAGGGAAGUUAGCCUUCCCUUAGGGUGAUUUCCUCCUUGUAGCCUACACAUCUGUGUCUGAUGCACAUUUGCAAGGAGAGUUACAGUGUUGAUUAUGUGAUCAAAGCCAAAGGUGGAAAGCUGCAUCUGAUACAUUGUUAAAAAUACAUCUGGAAUAAAGAUUCUCCCUGGAAA